GUCUCUCCGUCGCUGUCUAUGUGUUGAACGCAUUCACAGCUAAAGUGUUGUCUGUUUUGAGUGUUUAUCUCAAAGCCAUUACAGCACUGACUGUCAAACACUGCAACCAAUCGACCACUCAUUCAAUGGGCUAUACGUCCAGACAUUCGCCACAUUUUACGGACAAUUAAUGUCUGCUUUUAAUUGUAAUUGUAUUUCAAUUGUAGACUUCAUUCACGCGAUUGUCGCCCAAAACUGUUUACUUGUUUUUUGAAUCACAAAAAUGAUUACAUUUUUCCGUUCAUUCAGUCGUUAAUUGGUUUCGCAUUUCAUUUUCACUCCUGUUUUGACUCAUAUUUUACGGAUCCGUUGCCACCACUCGAGACAUUGACCACCGUUUCAGACACUCGGAGGACAUUAUCAGACAAUGAGUCCCAAUCACCACAAGACUAUGGGCUCGCAGUUGGCGGACAACAGUCCCGACUCUUUACUCCACAAUUGUGUCCAGUUUGUGGUCAAAGAGGGCAUUGACUUACGAGGCGUUUCCCUACCACAAGAAAUUUGUGAUCUACUCAUUCAAGUAUACCGCGAGACACACCUGAACAGCGAACUCAUGAGCGAAUCGUUUACGAAGUUUUUGUCGCAAUUCCGGUCCAACAAUAGCCGCAUCUGUUCCGCGAAGUUCGCUGACCUGUCCGUCACCGACGAGACACUCGAGUCCUUCCUGGAGGAGCACUCGAAGACUGUCACCCACUUAGACAUAUCCAACUGUUCCCAUCUGACCACCACUGCCUUGCAGCACAUCAACACCAUACUGACCCGGAUCACUGACCCGCGCAAACUGCAGCGCACGGUAAGGGUGGUCGAGGAGGGGCCCGUCCACGAAAGUCGGGUGCUCUACACCAAGACGUACGCCAACGGCGUGAUCACCACCACGAGAGACAACUGUACGGUCGAUGAGAACGUGGGACUCAUUACCGAUGAUUACGGACUGACACAAGCGAUGGGAGUGUUCGACGACCCGGACUUCGCCGACUUCAAGGCCAAGAAGAUUCGGGAGUUGAAUGGCAUCCGAGGGUUCGACUACGAGGGCGAGGCCAUGGCUAUUGACUACAGCUAUGACGGCGCCUACAGGUGCGCGACGGUCGACGCCAACAAUAAGUCGCCCAUUUGUGUCCACGAAGGCGACAGCUAUAAGUCGUUCGAGUCGUUCACGAAGAAUAUGGGCGACAACCGCAUGAAGACGUUGGAGAUGAGAACGUGGCAGUCGUCGCCCCUCCAGUCGCUGGUCAUCGGCCGCUCCACUCAUAUACUGCCCGACUAUAUAGAGGAGGACGGCCUCGACGAUGAGGAGUUUUCAUCGCACAGUCAUCUCAUUAACCCGUUGCUGUCGAUCCGCAAACUAGUGAUACACGAGUGGAACUCCAUCGACACGUCCGCCCCUUAUCUCAAGUAUUUGAUUAAUUCACAAAUGCGGACAACUCUACAACACUUGGAUUUGAGUAAUGGCUGCUCUAUAGAUGACGGCUCACCACUAAAUCAAUUACAAGCCCUGAAGACAUUGAUUCUAUACAACUGUCCAAAACUACAUCUGGCCAUCAAUAACAUCAUUAAGAUUACGACUUUGCGUUGUCUCGACAUCUCAUCGACAAACGAUCGCUACGGACACGGAUAUAAACACCCGAACAAACAGUUGACGCUUAUAGUGAACUCACUGCCAGACCUGACACGACUCGACAUAUCGGGCACUAAUCUGGCCGGUCCUCGCUGUGAAUAUAUACCUGGAUUAGUUUCGCGAAGUGACAAACCCUUAGAAUACUUAGGACUUUAUAAUACGGCUAACGAAGCCGCCUAUCGGCGCACAAUACCCGCCCUUAAGGUGUCGGGCGACGCCACUGAGGAACAGAUACUGACGGGAUGCGAGGCUUACAUCGAUAGAGUGGAGUUCUUGAGGCGUACGCUCAACGACCUGUUCCACUGUUUCCGGUUUGAGACAAACUUCCAUAACGUGAACCGAGCCCUGGAUAUAGUAUUGGUAUCAAUGGCCCGACACCUGCACGAGAAGCAGAUCCAAAUCGCGGCCUCCGCUUCGCUCUUCUAUAUCGUCAAAUCAGACGAAGCGAAGCAUAAGUUUAAUAUUAAAGUCAAACGACUCAUCAUUAGUCGACUUUUGGACGCUAUGUAUGAACACAGAUAUGACACGACUAUGUUAAGGAACGGCAGCUUAACGCUCAUACACUUCAAAAUUCCCAGUGAUGUGCUCUUUGAAUACUCGCGUUUAGUUGAGAUUCUGUUACAUAUAGUCAUCAACGAUGACGACGACUUCAUACAAAGAUUGGGUCCUAUUGACUUCUCAUAUGUACGCCCUCACUGUCCCGCACAGGUGGACGGCGACCAAAAGACAAUUGUUGGCGAUUUGGGUGCGAUCGACAAAAUGCUGUCAUUAAUAGACUCGAGACUUCAGAGGAAUAUAUGCGACGAAGUAAUGGAGACGGCGUGGAGCACGAUGUGGAACGUGACCGACGAGACUCCAGUGAAUUGCGAGCGGUUUCUGAAUCAGAACGGAAUGGAUUACUUCGUGUCGUGUAUGCACUCGUUUCCCAAUAGCGCCGAAUUGUUACGAAAUAUGAUGGGUUUGUUAGGAAACGUCGCGGAGUGCGAGAAACUGCGGCCCCGACUCAUGAACGCCGACUACAUCGACAGGUUUGUGGAGCUUUUGGACAGCGAGUCGGACGGCAUUGAAGUCAGUUAUAACGCUGCGGGCAUUCUAUCGCAUAUUGCAUCUGAUGGGGAGUAUAAAUGGCGACAAAUACUGCCCUUUGAUUGCAAACGCGACCACAUGUUGGACAGAAUGGGUGCGGCCAUCGGGCGCUGGAAAAUCAAUUCUAAGCGAAAUAUAAACUACAGAUCUUUUGAACCAAUUCUUCGUCUAUUGAAGUCAAGCAUCCCGUCGGAAGCCCAGUAUUGGGCGGUCUGGGCGUUGGCUAAUCUGACGCGAGUUUACAGCCAAAAGUAUUGUGCACUUCUUCGUGAUGACAAAGGACUGGAAGUGUUGGAAGCGUUGGCCGACAACGAGUCGAUACCAAAGACGAUCAGACACUUGUCGUCACUAACUCUAUAUCAAUACCAUCUGUUCCUAAAAGACGGACACUUGACUGAACUCGAGAACAGUGAGGACAUGACUAUACCCGACGAUUUUGUCAGACAAUCGCACCGUUAGCUAACCUGUGUGUCCGACACUAUCUCUAAUUAAUUGCAUCCCAAUCCGCUAUUUUCGGACUCAAAACUCAUAAAAAAUUAAAUAUAUUAUUGUUUAUUAUAUAUAAAACUAAGUCAUUGUAUAAAACGAUUUGUUGUUAUGAAUGCUAAUUAUUAAUUGUUUGUAUAUUACAUAUAUUAUUGUACAGAAAAAUCACUUCUAUUUCUCUCUUUACGGACGUU